AAUUUCUUUUGUAUAUAUAUUCGUCCAUCUUCUAAUUGCAAAUUGAAUUUUCCAUAUUAACUUCAAGUACGCGCCACGCGGUUUUGUUUUUCUUUCUGUUUCUCUCUCUCACUCCAUUUCUCUUGAAAGAUUCAACACUCUGUCUUUCUCACACUAGACCUUACCAAAUUCCAAGCAAUGGCGGAAACAGGACUGACGAUCUUCGACGGAUCUCAGCUCUCAGAUGCCGAUGUUUCAUUGCCUCCUCCACCUCCAGAUACCGCGAUCACCGGCGCAGAGGUCCUGGAGCUGGCUGAAACUAGGGCCUCCCUCUCCCUUCUCGGUUUCGUAUUGCCGGAAACUCUCAAGUGUUCUGCUCUUCGGCGGAUCGGCGUCUCUGAUACCUUAGGAUUCCGUUCUAAGAAGCUCGAUUACUCCGAUGCCUGCACAAGUCUUCGAAAUUAUAUUUCGGCCAUUGCCGAUGAACUAAAAGAUGAUCCUAUUGCUGUGACAAUAUUGGAUGGCGGAUCUCUUAAUAUGUUCUUGGAAGAUGAAGACGAUUUUGCAAUGCUAGCAGAGAAUCUUUUCACUGAUUUAGACGUAGAAGAUAGAGGAAAAAUCAGUAAGGAUGAGAUACAGAGUGCUCUGGCUCAUAUGGGCAUCGAAUCUGGGGUUCCUCCAGUAUCAGAAUAUCCACAAUUGAAUGAUAUCUUCAAGAAACAUGGAGCAGCUGGAAAAGAAGAGCUGGGACAGGCACAAUUUGCUCAACUACUGCAACCUGUGCUGCAAGAACUAGCUGAUAGUCUUGUAAUGAAGCCUGUCGUUGUUGUUCUAAGGAACAUAAAAUUGGCGAAUGGCUCUAAGCUUAAAAAGCUUCUGGCCAAGGAGAGGCUGCCUGAUGAUGCUGUUGAGAAGAUAAUGGAGGAAAAGUAUGAGCGCAACGGUGACCAGUCAUGUGCCACGAAAAUCAAAUUUUACCUCGAGAAACAUGGGGAUGAUUUUGGUUUACCACCUUCGCAACUGCCUGAAAUGGCGGUUCUCUUGGAUGAAAUAUUUACUGAGGUAGACAGUGAGAAUGGUGCAGCUGAAUCAGACAGAGACAGUUUAAUGGUGUUCCGCAAGAAGAUCCUUGAGAAAAUUGCUGAGAAACUUGAAGCCAGUCCGAUUCUUUAUGAUCUUCAGGUCUCACAACUAGAGGAAGCUUGAUUUAUACUUAAGCUGAAUGCACUUGAUGGUUUUGUCCUAAAUUUUCAUCCCAUUAUAUAUAUACACAAUAUGAUAUACUGCAUUCUUAAUCCAUGUGCUAUAUAGAAAUUACCUAUCAGUGUUUAUUUAGUUUUAUAUAACUUUCAGUCUGAA